CAAAUCUCAUGCGCCAUCAUCCGCCCGCGCCACCAUCCCCAUUCACUCGUCCUCGCGCGCAGAGGCGCACCGCUUUGGCGGAGUCCUUUGCCGGGGACGAGUAUCGCGGGGCAAGCACGACGCAUCUCUAUGAAGGAAGCUUCCGCUGAAUGGGGUGGGGACAUUCAGGGUGGCUGAAGCCGAGGAGAGAGUAGACGAGAGAGAGAGGAGACGCAGAGUGACGAGGAAAAGGGGAGAGGAGAGAGAGUGAGCGGGUCGCCAUUUUGAAAGGCCAAGUUGGACAACAGGCCGGCUGCCUUCAUGUCUGCUCCUGUCAGUAAGAGAUCUGCUGCAGGCUCACACAGGUUCAACCCGCUGAAGUCUCUGCAGCCCAAACGGCGUCUGCAGCAAAUGCUGUUGGCUCAGUCCGCAGCUCAGUCAGCACCCGCGUCUGCCCCCCCAUCAGCGCCCCCCCUCCCAGCUUUUGACUAUUGCAGGUUUAUAGAGCUAGACUACAUUCCCAUGGAGACGGGCUAUAUGGUGUCCAUGCGGCCCACGCAAGGAUAUCUGGCACACAACUCUCCUGAGCGCCACUGCCGACGGUCCCCAGCCCCAGUGAGCAGCAGAGAUCCCUAUGGCAACGCUUCUCUCAGCAGCAGCAGCAACUCGGGGUCUUGCAAGGGCAGUGACUGCAGCCCAACAUCCAGGCGUAACGUGAAGUACACGUCCUGCACAGACAACCACGGCAUCCGCCCCCCUCCCCCGGAGCAGUACCUGACCCCCCUGCAGCAGAAGGAGGUGUGCAUCCGACACCUGCGUGCUCGCCUCAAGGAGACUGUCGAUAGGCUGCAGGACAGGGACUCAGAGAUCGAUGAGUUGCGGACGCAGCUGUCGCGCAUGCAGGAGGACUGGAUCGAGGAGGAGUGCCACCGCGUGGAGGCGCAGCUGGCGCUGAAGGAGGCGCAGCAGGAGAUCCAGCAGCUGAAGCAGGUGGUGGACGUGGUGCGCUGCAGCCUGGGGACCCACCCGGACACUGGCAUGCAGAAGUGCUUCCAGGACAUCAACCUGCAGAACCACAAGCUGGAGACACUGCUGCACAGCAUGGAGCUGGCACAGACUGGCACCGCGCACAAGCUGCCGCUGCCACCCGGGGAGGAGGUGGCGCUCAGGGCAGCGGUGGGCGCGGCCGUGGGGGGAGGGGGGGGUCCGGCUGCGGUGCCGGCGGAGCUGGAGGUGGGCGAGGGCCAAGCGGGGGGGUCAUGUGACGGCUCUCCCGCCCGCUCGCUCACCCGCAGUUCCACCUACACCAAGCUCAGCGACCACGCCCCCCGAGACCGCAGCAGCUGCGGCAGUGGCUGCGGGAGUGCGUGCGGCAGCACGAGUGGUAGCGUACGCGGCGGCGACGACUUCCCCUGCCUGUCGGCCGAGGGCACACAGGACAGCGGCUUCGUGUGCUGUGGAGAGAGUGCGGCCGCCAACCACGCCGACCUGCUGCUGGAAGCCGCCUUCCUGUCCAAGGAGACGGCCUCGCUGCUCAGCUCCUACCGCCUGCCCCACGCCUCCACCUACGAGCGGCUGGUGCCACUGCACUGCGGAACGGGCCCCUCGGCCAGCGCCAGCCACCCCUGCCUGUCCCACCACCACCUCUACCUGCACCACCUGCGGGAGCAGGCCAUCCAGACGGACUGCGCGCCUGCGUCGGCUCCUGCUCACGGCUACGGGCCCGCGGCCUCGGAUCUGGAUACCAUCGCCGAGCAGCGCACCUUCCGCUCGCAGGCCUGCAGCCCCACCUCCACCUGGUUCUCCGAUGAGGGCGAUGACCUGGACCUCACCACGGUGUCCGUCACCACCACCACCAUGACGGCCACCACCACCGCCCCCGAGGCUGCGUCAGUGCUGCUCCCCAUCGACCCGCCAUCAGAGCUGCCCCUGCCCCUGGACCCUCCAGACCCGCCAUCAGAGCUGCCCCUGCCCCUGGACCCUCCAGACCGGCCCUUACCCAGCCCCACCUCCUCCUCCGAGGCCCCUCCCCAGACCUCCCAGCCCCGGAGCGUGGGCUCCCCUGUGCCGUCCAGCGAGGCCCUAGUGGAGGCCGGCGUGCUGGUGGUGGAGGAGGGGGGGGGAGAGAGUGAAGCGGCAGGUGAAGCGGCAGGCUCCUCCCCCAUGGGUCCGCCGGUGAAGAGCUACUGGAGCCGCCACUUCCUGGUGGACCUGCUGGCCGUGGCGGUCCCCGUGGUGCCCACGGUGGCGUGGCUGUGCCGGGCGCCGCGUCGCGAUGGUCAGCCGCUCUACCACUUCGGCUCGCUGCUGCGGGGCUGCUGCACGGUGGCCCUGACCUCCCUGCGGCGCGGGGGCGGCGUGCGGCACUAUCCGGCCGGGGGGGGGGGGGGGAGGACCCCCCGGGGCGCAGAUCUGAGAUCAGCAGGAGCCGCGGCUGAGACUGAUUUAGCCUCUAGUCCCUGCUCCUGAAUCAGAUCGGAGAGUUCAUCUCCGUAGAGCACUGAGCCCUGUUUCCACUGCAUGGCGGCGCUGCAAGGGUGGAGAAGGAGCUGAUGCCUCAGCGUUCUGACAAAUCUUGACUCAACCAUCUUACUGCAAAACGAGAGAGAGAGAGAGAGAGAGAAAAAGAGAGAGAGAGAGAGAGAAAGAGAGAAAGAGAGAGAGAGAGAGAGAGAGAGAAAGAGAGAGAAAGAGAGAGAGAGAGAGAGAGAAAGAGAGAGAGAGGCCAUGGUGGCUGGCGGGGGACAAAGGAAUGUGAGUUCAUAAGAAGACAUCAUAAACACCAUCAAUACAAACAACCUCAUAGAACUCCUGCAAGUCUUCUUUUGUAGCCGAUCACCAUCUCUGGCUCAGCAGGCCUGACUGUGUGUGUGUGUGUGUGUUAGGGCUGGGUGAUAUGGCUGAAAACUGUAUCACGAUAUACGUUUU